AUGCCUCACAAACACAAGAGACGCGGAGAGGCUGACAAGUCUCUCUUCAACCUACCACCUUCGGAGAUCGCCAAAGCACUCCCAGUCCGUGACGCCAACAAGCCCAAGAUUGGCAAGAACGGCAAGCCAAUCAAGCAAGACAGCAAGAAGAAUCAAGGCCAAGACCAGAACCCCAGCGUAAACAAAGCACCCAGCAGCCGCCGCAAGACCGUCUCCGAAGAUGACACCCCAGCCGCAUUCCGCCGCAUAAUGCAAUUCCAGCAAACAGGCCGACGAGCCCCUUCAGGACUGGAAACUGGCGAAAAUAAGAAGCGCAAGCGCGCCGGCACAGAGACCACAACUGAGUCAAAGAAAAAGCCUACAAGAGGUGCCAAGGCCGAAGAAGCCAAACCGGCCGCGGAGAAGAACGCAAUGCCCAAGAUCCUGCCGGGUGAAAGGCUAGCCGAGUUCUCCGCUCGAGUUGACCGCGAAAUGCCCUUGUCGCAAAUGACCAAGACAACUAAGUCCGGCGAGGCUAAGACCAAUGAGCAGCACAAGCUGACGAAGCAUGAGAAGCAUCUGCUGCGCCUGCAGUCUGGAUGGCGUGAGGAGGAUAAGAAGAUCCGUGAGAAAGAGCAGGCGGAGCGGGAAGAGCGUGAAGCUGAGAUGGAGGAUGAAUUGCAGCAGUGGAAGGAGUGGGAGAUUGAGGCCGGAGGCAAGGCUGCUAAAAAGCGUGCUGCCGCUGCAGCGGCACGGAAGAGUAAGAAACAGGGCAAGAAUGCUGAUGGGGAGGACGGUGCUCCUGAUAGUGGCGAUGAUGAUCCUGAUCCCUGGGCGAAGCUGAAGAAGCGUGACCAGGAGCGCAAGAAGAAUCCGUUUGAGACUGCGCCUGCGCCGCCUUCGUUGAUUAAACCUCGUGAGAUUUUUAAGGUGCGUGGUGGUGCUAAGGUUGAUGUUGCCAAUGUGCCUACUGCUGUUGGUAGUUUGAGACGGCGAGAGGAGUUGGCAGGUGAGCGGAGGAAUAUUGUCGAGGAGUAUCGUCGGUUGAUGGCUGAGAGACGGCAGUGA